ACCCACCCACCACUUCAAAAAAAAAAGUAAUAUUAUCAUUACAGUAUCAUAAUUUAUAUAUGGAACUAGUAAGUGAAGGAGCUUUUUCCCCCGGGUGGUGGCAGCAAGGUGGUGAUCAGCUGUGUCUGGUCAACAACAACAACAAGAAGAAGUCAGCUAAGUGAAGGAGAAUGGCAGCCAGUAUUCAGCUGUCCCGUGAGGAACUGUGUGAUGGGUUAGACCAGCUCUCGCUCCAGUUGCUGGAACUCAUGGACCACCUCAUUAAGAGCAACAUGUGCUUGGAAGAAAAUCUGAGGAGUGGGUUCUUCCACUUAGGCAAGACACGCUUCACACUUGGCAUGAAUGCAGUCAGUUCAUUGCAAUUACCAACCAGUGAAAGUGAAGUGAAAUCUCUUGCGGCAGUAAUUAGCACGCCAGUGGUUCUGGAGAAUUAUUCUGGUGACAUCAUGUAUCACACUGUUGAUACUAAGUUUUUGGAUCCUAUAGUUACAGUUCAGGAUGAUGAGACAGGUAAAAUGAUAUCUUUAGAGGGCAAUGAUCAUGAUAAUAAAAAUCAAGGACUGAGAAAAAGGGGAACAAAAGUUGAUGGAAAACAAACUUCUGAUGAAGUAAGUGAGAGUGACUUGAAAAAGGGAAGCAGUGUCAAAGUGAAACCCAUAAAUCGUGAUCCAAUCCGCUGGUUUUCAGUUUUACCACCUCAGACUCUAAAGCAUGCACAACAGGACUUCAAGACAGCCAUUCAGUUGAUUGCUCAGUGUGCUACAACACAGUUAAAACUCAGAGCUGUAAGUAAGGAAUAUAAACGCCUUCAUGAAAUAAAACGCAAGUUGGAUACCAUUGAAAAAGAGGCAUGAUUAUAUCAAAAUUGUAAAUAAACCUAAUGGUUAUAAGUAACACACUUCAGUUGUGCCUCAUUUUUUUAACUUGAGAAUUCAUGAUACAUUCCUUUUUCUGACCAUUUAUUAUUACAGGUAUAGUAUAGGCAAAGCUCUUAGGUAAAGCGCAUUGCUUACUAAACUUUCAGCUCUAAAUGACCCCCAUGGGUCUAGUGCUUCUUUGUGAGACAAAAGAUAACACAAAUAAAAUUAUAUGUAUUA